CUGAAAUGCAUGUUCAAGUCAUUUCUGGUAUUUUUUAUAGCAGAAGUUUGUCUUCCCUUCUUUGUUCAAGAUUUUUUCAGGCUAUAUCUUAAUCUAGUGAAUUGGAACAUAUGUUUUGGUAUUGAUUCUUGAAUAAUCAAUAAAGAGGAGAACUUCAUCAUGGCUGCCAACAAAAAAGUGGAAGAAGCUUUGGCUCACAUAAGAGAUGCAGAAAAAUGUUUGAAGACUGGUUUGCUGAAGUGGAAUCCAGACUAUGAUGAAGCAGCUGACUAUUACAACAAAGCAGCUGUAUGCUACAAAGCAGCGAGGCAACAUCCACAAUGUGUUCAGUGCUACAUCAAAGCAUCGGACAAUUACCGCAUCUGCAGAUCAUAUUUCGCUGCUGCCAAAGCACUGGAGAAUGCAUCACUAAUCAGCAAAGAGAUGGGGGAACUAGAUAGUGUAGCACAACUAGCAGAGCGAGCAUGCAAGCUGUACCGCGACAACGGCACCGUAGACACGGCUGCCAUGGUGCUGGACAAGGCAGCCAAGAUCAUCGAGGGUACACGACCACAGCGUGCGGUUGACCUCUACAAGCAAGCUGUUGAUAUUGCUUUGUGUGAGGCACAGCCCCGCAGAGCUGCCGAGUAUCAGAGCAAGCUGUGUCGUCUUUAUGUGCGGCAGCACAUGUUAAUUGAGGCUGCUGAAGCCAUCAGAACAAACAUCACCUUCUUCAGGGAUGGUGACUUCACUGACCCCAUCAGCAGGGAAGUGGUUGCGCUGGUGCUUGUACAGAUCGCCCGAGGAGACCACAUCGCUGGGGAGAAGGCCCUCAAGGAGUGGGGAGCUUACGUCACUCCUGAAGAGAUGGCCACCCUGUCCGCCCUGCUGGAGGCGUUCGACGAGCAGGACGGGGAGGCGGCGCGUCGUCUGCUGCGCGCUCCAUUCAUUCGCUCCAUGGACGUCGAGUACUCCAAGCUUGCCCGCGACAUGGACACUCCUGCCUCCAAGAAGGAAGAAGCGAGGAACGGAGAGGAAGGCUUGGAAGGCAGCAGCGGCGCUCAGGGAGGAGACGAGGAGGAGCUGGACUUGUGUUGAGGGGUGAACUAGUGACCACUUCCAUGACAAGGCUUAUAAUAAUAUACUUUAUAGGUAUCAAUACUUCAGCAUUUCUUCACCUACUCCGGGAACCCUUACUUCAACAUUUCUUCGCCUGCUCCCGGACCCCUACGUACUUCAAAAUUUCUUUGCCUGCUUCCGGACCCCUACGUACUUCAAAAUUUCUUUGCCUGCUUCCGGACCCCUACGUACUUCAAAAUUUCUUCACCUACUUUGGGAACCCUACUUAAAUAUUUUUCACCUACUCCUGGACCCAUGCUUCAAAAUUUAUUCACCGACUUCAACACUCCCUUCCGUUUCAAUAGUCUCCUAAUAAUCUGGUGCCCCGUUGAACAAGCCUCCAAGUUCUAGGUCCGGUCACUUCCGAAUUUCUGCGGCGACAAGAAAGAAAAACAUUCCAAAUCCAACAAGUCUCUGGCCGUAUUUCUGUCCUCGGUGUCCAUAGAUCGUUAGCAGCUUUAAAUAUCGAAAUUUCGCAAUUAUUCCGAGAUUUUGGCAAUCCUUUUUCAAGAUUUUUGCAACGUUCCUGGACUGUGAUUUCCAGUUCCGUUUAGAAAUCACCAGUUCCUAAUUCAUUGUUUUAGGAAGUAAAUUGGCGCGAGCCAUGAAUUCGGAUUAGCUGUUAAACGUUAAAGAUAAUCAUGUGGAACGUAUUAGUUUGAAUGGGCUCUUCUUUUGUAUAAUUGAAUCUGGGAGUAUUUAUUAAACACUUAGUAUGUCGUGGUUGUGAAUUAAAGAAUGUUCAAAUAUGGACAAAGUUAUCGAAUUAUAUUGAUUAUUUUCAGAAUCUACGGUUUUUCAAAGUUGCCAUCAGGGACUGAGUAACAGGUUCCUUUUACCAUAAAAAGUUUUACUAUAUUCAGCAGUCCGUAUUGACAACCAAACUAGCCGCUUUUGAUGCGAAGAGAAAGCUUGGCUUCUUAGUAAAUUCUUCCGUGUCAAGCAUUCAGUGAAAAACCAAAUGCCCUCGUGUCAAAUUCUACACUUAGAAGUAAAAAUGGCUCGAAUUUAAUAGCGGUGUGAUCUGGUUGAAUCCAUGAACAACUAUGUAUUUAUUUGGCUGCUAACUACCCAUGUUGUUUAAUUUUGACUCUAGCGAAGUUAUUCCAACGUUAUCCUGCUAAUUAUAAUUAACCGUAUUAUCUAGUCAGUGGUGUAAAUAUCUAGCUCUUAAUUCGUUAUAUUUGUCCUGUAAAUGUUAAUUCUUGUGAUAGAAUAUUAAUUUUAGCGUAUAAGUCAGAACCGUCACUGUCACUUUAUCCGAAGUUGCUUGUAUAUUAAUACUGGCAGAAUAUUGAAUGAAAACGCCAGUAAAAAUAUACGUUUUUUUUCUUAGGCUUUAUUGUAAUAUUGGAAUUUUGUUGGUGUUGGUGACAUUUAAUGUGCAUCGUAUGUGUAGCACUAAUCCAUAUCAAAAAGGGCCGAACAGGUGUGAGGUACUCUCAUAUAAAUGACCUCUCCUGAAUACUGUUCCAUAGCUAUACUGUUACUGUUAAAGAAAAUAUAAAAUAUAACUGUCGUCCGGUAAUAUUAAUUUCAUUUUCUGCUAUAUCUUUAAAAAAUUAACUUGAUCGAGUGUCUUACUACAUUCACACUCAGCUCUUGUACGGGAAUCUGAAUUAAAUAUGAGUAACGUUAUUUAAUUGACUCGACGUUCCAACGGUGUAAAUACAUAUUACAUGAGCGCUUUUUAGUGUUGAAAUUACGUGAAUUUGAACAACGCGAAAACUUGCAUUUUGGAGCCAAGCAUUUAGGAUUGAACUUGCAGAAAUAUUGUCCAAGCUUAGUAAGUUCGUGAAUGAGCGUUGCAUCCCUUAUUCCAGUGCGUGAAUGAAUGUUACUUCAUUCAUCAUCAGACAGUUUUCAAUUCGACAUUAAAUUGAGAGUUUUAGACAUUAAAUUGUCAAUUAGACAUGACGCAGGAAAAUUCUUAUAUCCUCGAGAGUUUUAACCUUUCAUGCAUCGCUUUCUCGGCAAAGUUUGUUAUCUAUAGACACCAACAUUAAUGUGAGUGAACAGGAUUAGACUUAUUAGGCUUCGACUUCUUCAUCUUUCUGCUAUGAUUGUUGUGAAUGGCCUGCGGUCAUUCUCAGUGAGGAUUUAAGUUGCCUGUAGUGAAAAAUGUUCACGAAUAAAAUAUUAUGAGCAA